AUGUCGGCGACAACCGAAGACUACGGCGUUGUGUACAAGCCCACGCCGACGGGCAGCUCAUCGUAUGCAUCUGUCGACGACUUGCCUCUCCAGCGGCUCGGCAUCAAGUUUGUUCGGAUCCAGUGGGUCGACUUGACCAACACCGUUCGCUUUCGCGUGCUCCCUGUCUCAUACUUCAAAAAGCUAUACACGACGCCUCGCCCAGCUGUGGGCCUUGCGCAUGUGACGCUGGGCCUCGUUGGGACCGCAGCCGCAAGGGGGUUCUCAGGCUCGGGUGAACAUCUGUACGUCCCUGACUUGAGCAGCUUCCGAGUGUGUCCCUAUGCGCCAGGACAUGCAGUUGUGAUGGGCUGGUUCCAGGAGAAGAUGCCCUCACCCACGGGCAGCUUUGCAUCCGAGCUCUGUCCGCGCGCCCUUCUCAAAAGGAUCGUCGAUGAUGCUCAGGAAAAGGCAGGACUGUCUUUCUUGGCGGGAUUCGAGUCCGAGUUCAUUCUCCUGUCUGCAACGUCACCCGAACCCGUGGCAGUCAAUAACGCAGGCUGGUCGUGUUCCGCAAAGUCACCCUCAGGCUCGGUUGAAAAUGCGGUGCUGGAAGAGAUAGCGGAGGAUCUGUUGGAAGCUGGAAUUGAGCUGCAGAUGUAUCAUGCGGAGUCUGCCCCCGGACAGUAUGAGGUCGUCACUGGUCCCCUUCCUCCUCUCGAAGCUGCGGAUGCGAUCGUGCAUACUCGCGAAACAAUCCGCAAUGUAGCAAGCAAGCACGGCCUGCGUGCAACAUUCGCGCCAAGACUGCAUUCAGAUGACUGUGGCAGCGGCACACAUUUGCACCUCUCCCUCCAUGGCGGUUCUGCCGACAAGGCAGGAUCCAAACGAUCCGACGCCUCCCUCGCGCCCACGCUGACACCUACGGAACGCUCAUUCGUCCAAUCGCUCCUCACCCACCUCCCAGCACUCUGCGCCCUCACCCUCCCGACCUCCGCGUCCUACGCGCGCGUGCUCGACGGCAUCUGGUCUGGGGGGACGUACGCCUGUUGGGGCACGGACAACAAGGAGGUUCCCGUACGGCUCUGCGGGCCACGCGGCGCGCACCACUUCGAGCUCAAGACCGUCGACGGCACCGCGAGCCCGUACUUGGUCCUUGCAGGCGUGUUGGCGGCGGGCGUGCGUGGUGUACUGGAGGGACACGCGCUGACGAUAGGCGAUUGCCAGGUUCCGGCGGCGGAGAUGAAUCGGGAGCAGAGGGCUGCGGUGGGCCUUGUGAACCCGGGGCGGCUGCCGCGGACGAUUGGGGACGCGCGGAAGUUGCUCGCUGGUGACAGCUAUCUUGGUGAGGCAUUGGGCGCAGUGUUCGUUGAAAGGUACAUCGCUGUAAAUGAGCUCCUUGAGGAAUUUAUGCAAGCGGAUACUGAGGCGGCGACUGUCACUCGUUUGGUGGAGUUUUACUAA